AUGCUGCUGCUCUUCUCGCUUCUCCUGCCUGCAGUGGCACGUGCCGCUGCCAGCGAUCCAGCAGACUACACUCCGUUCGUGAGCGUCUUUACCGGCACCGAAGAUGGAGGCAACAACUUCCCUGGCGUCGCGCGGCCCUUUGGCAUGGUCAAGCUGGGCCCCGAUCUUUAUGUAGACGGCACCGACUCGUACUCUGGCUACCUGCCGACGGGGCAGUUCUCUGGAUUCUCCAUGAUGCACGAGCAGGGCACUGGAGGUGCGCCCAAAUACGGCACCGUCUCCCAGCUCCCUCUCGUGGGCAACAUCUCGCAGCCACUGUCCAACCUGACCGUUGGUCGAGCGGUACCCGAUCAGGGAUCGGUGGGCUACUACAAAGCCCAGACAAGCGACAAUGUCGUUGUAGAGCUGGCUGCCGCCAAUCGAGCGGGCAUGUACCGCUACACCUUCCCCAGGAAUGCAACGAGAAAGAACGUCCUGGUGGAUGUGUCCCAUGUGCUGCCGUCAUAUAGAGGCAUGGGUCUCUCCCAGGGUUACGCUGGGGGGAACUUCACCAUCUUCGCAGACGGUCACUACGAGGGUCAUGGCGUGUACAAUAACGGUUGGAACAGGUCGCCCAACUGGCCGAUCUACUUCUGUGGCUAUUUCGAUACUCCCCCCAUCAGCAACAAGACCUAUGUCGGUACAGACGCCGCUGGCAGCAUCGUCCAGCGCAGUGGAUCGGCCUCGUCAACAUCGCCAGACGUCAGAAUCGGCGGUCUCUUCACCUUCGCGACGACGGAGGUGACCUCGCGGGUGGGCAUCUCGUGGAUAUCGACCGCCCAAGCCUGCAGCAAUCUCAAAAACGAGAUUCCUGCUGGCACGCCCUUCUCCCAGGUGGUCAACGACACCAAGGCGGCAUGGAAUGAACAGGUCCUUUCGAAAAUCACGACCACGACCACCAACACGACCAACCUUGAGCUGCUGUACACGUCGCUGUACUUUAUGCACCUGAUUCCCACGAACCAGACGGGCGAGAAUCCGUCGUGGAACUCGCCAGAGCCGUAUUAUCAGGACAUCUUCACGCUGUGGGACCUCUUCCGCUGCGGCACCGCCCUCAUGCACGUUUUGCAGCCCGUGGCCUACGAGGAGCAGAUCCGCUCUCUGAUCGACAUCUGGCGCUUCGAAGGCUACAUGCCCGACGCGCGCUCGUCAAACUACAACGGCCGCACCCAGGGCGGAUCCAACGCGGAUAACGUCCUGGCGGAUGCGUAUGUGAAAGGCGUGCGAGGCGCGGUCAACUGGGAAGACGGGUACCGGGCGAUGGUCAAGGACGCAGAGGUGCCGCCGCCCAACACCGUCCCUCCAGACCCCCAGGCGCCGGACUCGUCGACGAAAGAGGGCCGUGGCGCGCUGCCAGACUGGAAAAAAUACGGCUUCAUCACGCCUACCUACACCCGGGCCGUGUCGCGGGCAGUCGAAUACGCCUACAACGACUUUGGCCUGUACCAGGUGGCGUCGGGGCUGGGCAUCCACGACGACGCGGAGAAGUACCUCAACCGGUCGCGAAACUGGCGCAACCACUGGAAUCCGAACACGACGUCGCUGGGCUUCUCGGGCUUCGUGGUGCCUCGCAACCUGUCCGGGUUCAUCGAGACAGACCCGCUGACGGACAGCGGGUACUGGGGGGAUCCGUACUACGAGGCGAGCUCGUGGGCGUACUCGUGGACCGACAUCCACGACAUGAAGAAGAUCAUCGAGCUGAUGGGCGGCGCGGAGAUGGUCGUGCAACGGCUGAACAUCAUGUUUGAGGAGGGCGCGAGUGGGAGUCCGGGCAUGAUCUUCGACCCGACGAAUGAGCCCAUGUUCAACGUCCCCUAUCUCUACAACUACGUCGACAGACAGGACCUGUCCGUCCUGAAAUCGCGCACCAUCGCCAAAAACUACUACAGCACCAGCGUGUCCGGACUUCCGGGGAACAGCGACGCGGGGGCAAUGCAGACCUGGCUGCUAUGGAACAUGAUCGGGCUGUACCCGGUGACAGGACAGACGACAUUCCUGAUCCACUCGCCGUGGUUCGAGUCGAUGACCAUCGAUCUAGGCGAGGGCAAGAAGUUGCAGAUCACCGCGACGGGCGGCGACGGCAACGGCGACACCGACUUCUACGUCCAGAGUCUCAAGGUCAACGGUCAGCCGUGGACCAAGAAUUGGCUCACCUGGGACGAUGUCUUUGCUCGUGGUGGCACGCUGGAGUUUGAGUUAGGCAGUCAGCCGAUGAAUUGGACGACGGGGCCUGUUCCACCGAGUCCGGCGUCGGAGUAG